AUGGAGGAGCUAUUUCCCGAGGAGGCCCGACCCAAAAGUCAAGCAUCAGUACGACCAAAGGAACGAGAUAUUCCACGACUAGACAUUCGUGCAUCCCUACCGAAAAUCGCCACACCAAGACCCGAACAGCACAAGCCUGGCGAAGAUACCAACAAGGACAAUUGGUGGACUAGAGCAGAGCCGACCGCACCAGAGCAAGCACAAGGAAAUAAGCGAAAACAGACGAUGCGUGUCGACGGUGUGCUUAUGUUGCGCAAUGCCAGCAAAACUCUCGUCGAAGAUGACUUUACAAGAUUGAUUCCUCAAGGAUUGCACAUCGAAGGUUGGGCACUGGAUCAGGCCGAUAUUGUCAAGGUCGUCCCCGGUCGCAACACAGCUACUCUUGAGCGCGCCAACUUCUACUUCAUUCUCUUCAGCUCCCGCGCUGCAAUGAACGCCUACCGCACCCACGUCAAGCAGUUGCAUUCGCUUGCAUCGAGGCAUGUGCAGUCCAGUCUUACAUCGCCCAUACCUCCUCCACCAGGCAACCAUCUCAACGGACAGGACAUCCAUGCUUUACUACAGGCUUACACUCUCGUUCCUCCGUCCCGGCUCCUGCAUCUUCUGCCUCUGCCCAUGCAGGUUUCUCCAUCCAUUGUCGACAUCAUCCAUAACCUAGGCUACCCAGAAAUCGCCAAGACUCCCCUCGGGAAGCCAUACGUCGUGAUGAUGCGCCUCGAAGGUCCCCAGUUGCCUAUCACUAUUGUCAAAGGUGCGCUUGAUAAGAUGGAAAGAGAACGGAGGAUACCAUGGAACCGCGACUUUGGCGACUUGUCCUUCUACGUCAGGGAGCCGAAACCGAAGAACGUUUCGCCUCUGGACGUCAAGUCUCGUCUGGACAAGGAAUGGGAGUCUGAAUUGGAUGAAGAUGUGGUCGCGGAAAUUGAUGAGAUGGACAAGCAGCUUCAGAGUGAUGACCAAGCGGAACAACGAUCCAGCAGACGAGAGAGACGCAAACCCCGAUGCUCGUAUCUUUUUGGUUUCGACAGUGAGGAUGCCGCCCUCAAUUUUGUACAAUACUGGCACCGAAGGCCGCUCGACAUUCCCAAUCAAAACGACGAAAAUGACGAGGUAGCGCCUGUAGUGGAUGCCGAACUGUUGUGGUAA